AUGCCCUCGAAAAAACAAGAUAGAGGUGGUUGUGUGCUUGUAUUCGAAAAAUUUCUCGAUGGAAUUGGAGUAAGCGGACAAUUAAGAACAGCAUAUUUAGCCACUUCUGAAGUUGUGAAAGAAUCCAUGUAUCCAAUGAAGGAAAAUUGUAUUAAACGAUAUUCUGGAGCAAAUCCAACAUGGCAAAAUAUUGGAAGUAAGACAAGUGCCCCAAAUAACAAUCCCAUUACUUUCACCGAUACCAAAGGUACUGAAACUAUUUUUUCGCAACCAAGUUAUAGAUCAGGUUUAUAA